UUAUUUGAGCAGAGUUCACGAGUGUAAUAAGUCAGUUUUGGUGUUUAUCGAUAUUUCACUAAUUUUACUUUUAUACUCUGAUGGCAGCACAAGCAAAGCGACAAUAAAUUGGCUUCGCGUUUGUAAACGAAAGCUGUUGCAUCUUAUAUUUCAUUAUAAAAUCAUAAAAGAACACGCAAUACAUGUUCACGUGGAAAGGACUGUCGGAUUUGAAACGAUAAUUCUUAGUAUUUGAGCUGCACCACUAGUCAUGGUUCGGAGUAGCGACAAGGACAGACAUCACAGGCGACGGUCGAGAUCGAGGUCGAGAUCUCGGUCAGCCACGCCGGAAAAAAAACGACGACGAUCUAGGAGCAGGGACAGGGACAGGGACAGAGAUAAGGGGCGACAUAGAGAAAGAAGAAGUCGUUCUAGAGACAGAGACAGAGAUAGGAGUGAUAGAAGGGAACGUUCUGAAAGGGAUAGAGACCGUGACAGGAAACGUGGAGACAGUAAAGAAAAGCGUCUUACAGGAUCAAAGUCUUCACGUUCAGGCAAAGAUCGGUCUAAUCGUUCAAGAUCCAGAGAACGCAAGGAGAAGGAGAAGGGUGACAGUGAUGAAUUGCCAUUUGAUCAUACGAAACUAGAUAAGGAAGAAGAACAGAAAAGAUUAGAAUUGGAAAUGCAAAAGAGAAGAGAAAGAAUAGAAAGGUGGCGGGCAGAAAGAAAGAAGAAAGAGCUGGAGGCAACUAAAAAAGACGGUAAGGCAUCAAUUUUAGCAAACCUUCAGCUGCCUAUGAAAAAAUGGUCCCUCGAAGAUGAUAGUGAUGAAGAGACUCCUGUUGUUCAGAACAGCAACAAGGAAGUUAAAGAAGAAGGUGACACGAAAGAAGAAGUUGAAGAAGUCAAAGAAGAAACUAAGGAUGAUGAUGAAGAAGUUGAUCCUUUGGAUGCCUUCAUGGCAGAGGUUCAAGAAGAAGUUCGGAAGGUAAAUAAACUUGACAAUAAAGGUGCAAAGAGUACAAACAAUGGUACAGGCACGGGAGGUACCCAAAGCGGGGGCGUUGUUAUAGUAACUGGCGUUGCCAAAAAGAAAGUGCAGAAACAAAAAGGAGAACUGAUCGAACAGAAUCAAGAUGGUUUAGAAUAUUCCAGUGAAGAAGAAGGAGAAAAUCUGCAUGAAACAGCCGCUGGUAUCGCAAACAAGCAGAAACGGGAACUAGCUAAAGUUGAUCAUGCAACAACCGAAUACCAACCAUUUAGAAAAUCAUUUUAUGUUGAAGUACCUGAAAUAGCGAGAAUGACACCGGAAGAAGUGGAAGCAUAUAAAGAAGAAUUAGAAGGCAUCCGUGUGAAAGGAAAGGGUUGUCCUAAACCUAUUAAAUCAUGGGCACAAUGUGGUGUGACGAAGAAAGAAUUAGAAGUCUUGAAGAAACUUGGUUAUGAAAAGCCAACACCCAUUCAGUGCCAAGCAAUUCCGGCAAUUAUGUCUGGUCGCGAUCUGAUAGGCAUAGCAAAAACCGGAAGUGGAAAAACGUUAGCUUUUCUAUUACCAAUGUUUAGACACAUUCUUGAUCAAACACCAUUGGCCGAUGGUGAUGGCCCGAUCGCGUUAAUCAUGACACCUACUAGAGAACUAUGUAUGCAGAUUGGUAGAGAUUCGAAAAAGUUUACGAAAUCUCUGGGAUUAUCACAUGUAUGCGUCUAUGGUGGAACCGGUAUAUCCGAACAAAUAGCAGAAUUGAAGAGAGGUGCCGAGAUAAUUGUUUGUACACCCGGAAGAAUGAUCGACAUGCUUGCAGCAAAUAGUGGCAGAGUGACGAACUUACGAAGAGUUACCUACGUAGUACUAGAUGAGGCUGACAGAAUGUUUGACAUGGGUUUUGAACCUCAAGUAAUGAGAAUCAUGGAGAACGUUCGACCAGAUCGACAAACUGUACUUUUCAGUGCAACAUUCCCCAGACAAAUGGAAGCUUUAGCUAGAAGAAUUUUAACUAGACCUGUGGAAGUUCAGGUUGGAGGUCGAUCAAUUGUUUGCAAGGAUGUUGAACAACACGUGGUAGUUCUUGAAGAGGAUCAGAAGUUUUACAAGUUGCUAGAAAUUCUUGGUCAUUAUCAAGACAAGGGUUCCGCCAUAAUAUUCGUCGAUAAACAGGAGAAUGCUGACACCUUGUUGAAAGAUCUUAUGAAAGCUUCCUACUCUUGUAUGUCUCUUCAUGGUGGAAUUGAUCAAUGCGACAGAGAUUCUACGAUAUUGGAUUUCAAAGCUGGUAGAAUGAAAUUGUUAGUUGCUACUUCUGUUGCUGCAAGGGGUUUGGACGUGAAACAUCUUGUUCUUGUGGUAAAUUACGAUUGUCCGAAUCAUUACGAAGAUUAUGUGCAUAGGUGUGGAAGGACUGGAAGAGCUGGAAACAAGGGAUACGCGUACACGUUUAUCACACCAGAACAGGAGCGUUAUGCGGGCGACAUUCUUCGUGCCCACGAAUUGGCCGGAGUUCCUGUCCCAGAACCGUUACGUCAACUUUGGGAAGGCUACAAAGCCAGACAAGCAGCGGAUGGCAAGAAAGUACACACAGGUGGUGGUUUCAGCGGUAAAGGAUUCAAAUUCGACGAAUCAGAGGCGGCACUGGCGAAUGAGAAAAAGAAGUUCCAGAAAGCAGCCUUAGGUUUGCAAGAUUCUGACGAUGAGGAUAUAGAAAAUGACAUAGAUCAACAGAUAGAAAGCAUGCUAGCACCGAAGAGGACUGUUCGAGAGAUUGCCAGACCUUCUGCUACCAAUAUUGCUGUUCCUGGUCAACCCGUCCCCAGUGCUACUGAUAAAUUAGAACUUGCUAGACGACUGGCGUCCAAGAUCAACAUUGCCAAGAAUUUGGGCGCCGAGGCAAAGGGCGCGACCCAACAGGCUGCUGAGGCUAUCCUUAAAGGAGCUGGUCCUACUAACCUCAUCACAGCGAAGACAGUCGCAGAACAGCUAGCUGCGAAGUUGAAUACCAAGUUGAACUAUCAACCACGAGAGGAAGACCUUGUGGAGAGCGAUGCAGAGGCUGGUGAACAGACCUUCCGCAAAUACGAGGAGGAAUUAGAAAUCAACGAUUUCCCGCAGCAGGCUAGGUGGCGAGUCACCAGCAAGGAAGCUCUCGCGCAGAUCUCAGAGUAUUCUGAAGCUGGUCUUACCGUUAGAGGAACAUACAUAGCACCUGGCAAGGCUCCACCAGAAGGAGAAAGAAAGUUAUACUUAGCUAUCGAGUCCACUAGUGAAUUAGCGGUCAGCAAGGCCAAGGCAGAGGUCUCGCGACUCAUCAAGGAAGAAUUGAUCAAGUUACAAGCAUCAGGCGCGCACACUGCCUCUCGCAGCCGAUAUAAAGUUUUGUAAAAAAACAAUUUCCGUUGUACAUGCUACUUUACGCACUACGGUAUACUGAUUUCUCACUGAACUGCGUAUGAGUAAAAUUAGAGAUUUAUUAUUAAACUUAUAAAUGACUAUACAAAACACUUUGUAUUUAACGGUACAAUAACGAAGUAUACUUAACGCUUACGGAAGUAUCGAUCCUGUCAAUAAUUUUUCUGCGAACGAUUCAAAUUUAACGAACCGGUACGUUUACAAUUUAAACGUUCGAUCGGUCGCGGUUCUUCGAAUUUAUUUAAAAUCGCGAAAUUUGUAACGUUCGACAUAGUAUUUUCUAUCGACUAUCUGCGAAGAAUACAACGGGAGAUUCGGCGUUCACGUUGUUUGGUAACUUAAGUUAGGAGACUUUAUUUACAACUUAUAUGACUGCCCACAACCGAAGGGCGAUCAUCCUUUUGUACACGUUCCACCUGCUCCCAUUUCUUUGGCAAUAUUAAAAGAUCGACGAAAAUACAACUAUACUUUCCUGUAUAUUACAUAGGCACUAGAAGAAUCACAGUCAUGAAAUCGGCGUUGUCCCGGAAAACUACGCCAUUAGGUAAAAGAAAUGCUUAGCACCUUCGAAAACAUGAUCAGAGGGAU